AUGAACAAGAAAAAUAAUAUUAUUCUUAUAUCAAAUUAUAGGAUGCAUCCCAGAUACUACUCCCAUUUAUCUAAGAGCUUUAUUACUACAGAUAUGUUAACAUUAAAAAUAUAUAGUAAAAGAGAGAACAAAAAUAUAUUAUAUUUUCUUAUAAAAUUUUUUAUAUUUACCUUUUUAAUUUGGAUAUCGCAAUGUUCUAAUAAUUGGAAUACUUAUGAAACGUGGAAUUAUGAAAAUAACUUAAAAAAUAUAUUAAAUUUAGGAGAUAAAAGAGCAUUAGCAGAAAGUAACGAUACAAUAAAACAAAAAAAAGGAUUACAAUGCCAUGGACAACAGGGUAUGAUGACAAUAAAUUUAGAAUCAAACAAUGAGCAAAUUGAAAUAGAGCAGAAUCUAAAUGCAGAACAUGAAGAUGAAAUAGAGACAAAAGAGAAAAAUAAAAAAGUAAAACUUACUGAGAAAAUUUUAAGCAAAUGCAAAAAUAAUUUAAAACUAGUUGCUUCAUCCUUUGCAUUUUUCUCCUCUCUUUUUUUGGUUUCAUUAAUUAUUGCAAGUCAAUUCACUUAUAAUGUACCAUUUCAUAAUUUUUUUUACGUAUUGCCUUCUUUAUCUCUUGUAAUAAUUUCAAUUAUUUUGACACAUGAAAGGAUUGAAAUAAAAUAUAAAAAUAAAUUUUAA